UCGGGGGAGAGACGCUCCGUCAGUCAGUCAGUCAGUCCGGCAGUUGGUUUCGAGGGAGAGAGGAAGGUAACCGGACGGAGCUCCUUCGCCUGGGAGCAGCCCGGCUUCGCUGCUGGGGUGUGGAAAGGAGGUAUGUGGAGUAAAAGUGAAUUGCUAUCAACUUGAUCUUGAUCCGAAGUUAUAAAAUGCAGACCCAGAAAUGAGUCCUACUGAACUACCUUCUGGAAUGGCAACCUGAAAGAUCUUUUGAUACACACAGACACUGUAACUCUUUCUUACCUCACUUCAUAAAUAAUGGAAAUGUCAGGCCAACAGCACUGCUCUUGAAGAUAAGGCUUUGCAUUCCCUUCCCGUUGCUUGGAUAUGAGUGAUCACGUAUCACAGGAAGAAAAACACAAAUCCAGCAGAACUUCCUUAAAGUUUAAGGAAUCAGCAAGAAUUAUGCAGUCUGAUGACUAUUUUGCAAGAAAAUUUAAGGCUCUAAAUGGUAAUAUGGGCCCCCCUUCUUCUCUAAGUGCAACCAACAAAGGUGAAAGCAGCAACCCAGCCAAUGGUGCCCCAGCUAUGCCUAAAAUGGGUGUCCGAGCCAGAGUAUCUGAAUGGCCUCCUAAGAAAGAUUGUACCAAGGAAUUAAGCAAAGCUACAUGGGAAAGUAGACCUCAAGUUAGUUAUGACGGUGCUGGGUCAGCAAAUGGUGACCAGAAUGAGGGGCAGCAAAAAGAACCCCUUGAUAUAGAAUUUGCAGAGGCAAAGUAUGCAUUAGGAGACAUUUUUCUCCAUUCACCACACAGAGGGCUUCACCCUAUAAGACAAAGAAGCAACAGUGAUGUUACAAUCAGUGACAUUGACACAGAGGAUGUACUAGACCAGAAUGCUGUUAAUCCAAAUACAGGAGCAUCUCUCCAUAGGGAAUAUGGAAGCACUUCAUCAAUUGACAGACAAGGUUUGUCUGGUGAGAAUUUUUUUGCAAUGCUUCGAGGCUACAGGGUGGAAAACUUUGAGCAUAAAACACACAUGCCGUUUGGAUUUCCUGAAUUUUUUCACUGUGAUCCGACGAUUUCUCCAAGUCUCCAUGCUGCAGCACAGAUUUCCAGAGGAGAAUUUGUAAGAAUUUCUGGACUUGACUACAUGGAUAGUGCCCUGCUAAUUGGUAGAGACCGGGACAAAUCUUUCAAAUGGAGAUUGAAGUCAGAAUCUGUAGAAACAUCACUCUUUAGAAAAUUACGGACUGCUAAAAGUGAACAUGAAACUCUUAAAUUCUCAUCUGAACUAGAAGAAAGUAGACUUGAUAAAAAUAUUCAUCCUUGGAAUUGUCAGAAAUGUUUUGCACAUUAUGAUGUCCAGAGCAUUCUGUUUAACAUUAAUGAAGCAAUGGUUACCAGAAUUAAUGUGGGGAAAAGAAAAAAUAUAACCACUGGGGCAUCUGCUGCAUCACAAACUUCAACAGUAGCCGGACAGCUUGGAAGCUGUGAAUCUCCUAUGGGGAGUAAAGAGGAUCUCAAUUCAAAAGAGAACUUAGAUGCUGAUGAAGGUGAUGGGAAAAGUAAUGACCUAGUACUGAACUGUCCUUAUUUCAGGAAUGAAACUGGUGGGGAAGGUGAUAGGCGGAUUGCGCUCUCUAGGGCAAACUCAGCCUCUUUUUGUGCAGGAGAUAGUUGUUCUUUUGAGUCUUCGCUAAGUUCACAUUGCACGAAUGCCGGUGUUUCGGUGCUGGAAGUACCCAGGGAGAAUCAACCAAUCCACAGGGAGAAAGUGAAACGUUACAUCAUCGAGCACAUUGAUCUUGGUGCAUAUUACUAUAGAAAGUUUUUCUAUGGAAAAGAGCAUCAAAACUACUUUGGAACAGAUGAAAAUUUAGGACCAGUAGCAGUCAGCAUCAGAAGGGAGAAGUUUGAAGAUGCAAAAGAGAAAGAAGGUUCACAGUUCAACUACCGUGUAGUGUUCAGAACAAGUGAGCUUACCACGUUGAGGGGGGCCAUUUUAGAAGAUGCUAUUCCAUCUACUGCUAGACAUGGCACAGCACGAGGUUUACCUCUUAAAGAAGUAUUGGAAUAUGUAAUACCAGAACUGAGCAUUCAGUGCCUACGGCAAGCUUCUAACUCACCCAAAGUUUCUGAACAGCUGCUUAAACUUGACGAACAAGGGCUGAGUUUUCAGCACAAGAUUGGGAUCCUGUAUUGCAAAGCUGGCCAAAGCACUGAGGAGGAGAUGUAUAACAAUGAGACCGCAGGACCAGCUUUUGAUGAAUUCCUUGAUCUCCUGGGUCAGAGAGUAUGGCUGAAAGGUUUCACUAAAUACAGAGCUCAGCUAGAUAAUAAAACUGAUUCAACUGGAACACAUUCCCUUUAUACUACCUACAAAGAUUAUGAAAUAAUGUUUCAUGUGUCAACUAUGCUUCCAUAUAUGCCCAGUAACAGGCAACAGGAAAUAACUACGCCCUGCUUGGUCACUGAUCAGGACAUCCCUCUAGUUUUAGAGCGAGCAGGAGAUCCAAACACAAAGCUUUUAAGGAAAAGGCACAUAGGAAAUGACAUUGUUACCAUUGUCUUCCAAGAGCCUGGAGCGCUUCCCUUUACUCCAAAAAAUAUCCGUUCUCAUUUUCAACACGUUUUUGUCAUUGUUAAAGUCCACAAUCCUUGCACUGAAAAUGUGUGCUAUAGUGUUGGAGUUUCAAGGUCAAAAGAUGUACCACCUUUCGGGCCACCAAUACCUAAAGGAGUGACUUUCCCUAAAUCAGCAGUUUUCCGGGACUUCCUUUUGGCCAAAGUUAUUAAUGCAGAAAAUGCAGCACACAAGUCAGAAAAAUUUCGAGCCAUGGCCACUAGAACACGGCAAGAGUACUUGAAAGAUCUUGCAGAAAACUUUGUUACUACCACUACAGUAGACACGUCAGUCAAGUUUAGUUUUAUUACACUGGGAGCAAAGAAAAAAGAGCGAGUGAAACCAAGGAAGGAUGCCCACUUAUUCAGCAUUGGAGCAGUGAUAUGGAAUGUGAUAGCACGAGACUUUGGUCAGUCCCUUGACAUUGAAUGUCUUCUUGGUAUCUCAAAUGAGUUCAUCGUGUUGAUCGAAAAGGAAUCAAAGAAUGUUGUUUUCAACUGCUCCUGCAGAGAUGUUAUUGGAUGGACAUCUGGAUUAAUGAGUGUUAAAGUUUUUUAUGAAAGAGGAGAAUGUGUUCUUCUCUCAGCACUUGAUAACUGUGCUGAUGACAUCAGAGAAAUGGUUCAAAGGCUGGAAAUAGUAACUAGAGGAUGUGAAACAACAGAAAUGACCUUAAGGAGAAAUGGCUUGGGACAGCUUGGAUUCCAUGUUAACUUUGAAGGGAUUGUAGCAGAUGUGGAGCCAUUUGGUUUUGCCUGGAAAGCUGGCCUACGUCAAGGCAGUCGCCUCGUGGAGAUCUGUAAAGUAGCUGUAGCAACCCUGACUCAUGAACAAAUGAUUGACCUGCUGCGCACCUCUGUGACUGUAAAGGUGGUGAUUAUCCAGCCACAUGAAGAUGGAUCACCUAGACGGGGUUGCUCAGAACUGUGUCGAAUUCCCAUGGUGGAGUACAAACUUGACAGUGAAGGCACCCCAUGUGAGUAUAAAACCCCUUUCAGGAGGAAUACUACUUGGCAUCGGGUGCCAGCUCCUGCAGGGCAGCCUCUUUCUCGUGCCUCUCCAAUCCUAGGAACAUCUGAUAGAUUGCAGUGCCAGCAGCUUCUCCAGCAGGCGCAAGCAGCCAUUCCUCGCAGUACUUCAUUUGACAGAAAGCUGCCAGAUGGUGCAAGAAGUUCACCGAGCAACCAAUCAUCCUCCAGUGACCCAGGACCAAGUGGGAGUAGUCAGUGGAGACACCAAGUGGGAUAUGAUGGGUGCCAGUCCCCUUUACUUCAUGAUCACCAAGGUUCAGGUCCACUGGAGAGUGAAGGAGGCAGAGAACAUGAAGAAUCUUUGGAAGCGACCAGGCAUCCUAAUGAAACCAAGUGGCAUGCACCAUCAACCAAAGUCUUGAGUUCCUAUAAAGACCGCGCUUUACAGAAAGAGAACAGUGGCAAGGAUUCACCAAACAAAUUUUCUCAUAUUGGAGACAAAAACUGUUCCAGCCAUUCCAGCAGUAAUACCCUGUCAAGUAACACAUCCAGCAACAGUGAUGAUAAGCACUUUGGCUCUGAAGACCUAAUGGACACUGACAUGCUUGGAUUAACGUACAUUAAAGGGGCUUCUACUGACAGUGGGAUUGAUACAGCUCCUUGUAUGCCUGCUCCAAUUUUGGCUCCUCUGCACCUGGCUGGAAGCCGGUCAGGGAUACAUAGCCGGACUGAUCAGUGGGCUGAAUCAUCUGAAACUCCUGGACCAGAUGAUGAGACUAAAAUUUAUGCUGUUCACAGCUAUGCUUCUGCCAUUUCUAGCAGUCAUACAGGUGAUGGUAGCAUGGGAGACCUCAGUGAAAUAUCUUCACAUUCCAGUGGGUCACAUCAUUCAGGAAGUCCUUCAACACAUGGCCCUAAAAGCAGUGGAUCUUUAGAUACGUCCAAAGUGUACAUAGUGUCACAAAAUUGCAGUCAACAGACCUCUGGCUCCAUAGCAAAAUGCUACCCUCGACAAGGAGCUAUAAGCAAAUAUGUCAUUGGCUGGAAAAAGUCAGAAGGUAGCCCUACACCUGAGGAGUCUGAAGCUUCGGAAUCCCAAGAAAUGUAUAGUGAUGUUGAGGGCCUAUCGUCAAGUCAGCUUCAGGCCUCUAUAAGGAAUACAGUUUCUGAAAGUCAGCGAGUCUUAUCAAAAGAAGAGUUUCUGAAGUUGAUGAUGCCAGACAACAUCUCUGUGGAGGAAGGCAGAAGAAAGUUUUCAUUUUACGGGAACCUAUCUCCAAGGAGGACGCUAUACCGCACUCUUUCUGAUGAGAGCAUAUGUAGCAAUCGGAGAGGAUCUUCAUAUGCUAGCUCACGGAGCUCAAUGCUAGACCAAGCUUUGCCAAAUGAUAUUUUGUUCAGUACUACACCACCAUAUCACAGCACCUUACCUCCUAGAACAAGCUUAACCACUGGUACUGGACACCUACGACAUGAGUUUUGGUUCUCAGACGGGUCUUUAUCUGACAAAUCAAGAUUCAAUGAUCCUGGGUUGAUGCCCCUUCCAGAUACAGCAACAGGAUUAGACUGGUGUCACCUUGUAGAUGCUGCACAAGCAUUUGAAGAUUUUGACUCUGACGAAGAACUUGGGCCAGUCUGUCAUCACACUCCGUUUCUAGAUCAAAGGGUUGCAUCUUUUUGCACCUUGAAUGACAUGCAGCAUGUGCAAAGCUUGGAGAGUAAUCAAGCCUUGGGCGCAAGUCCAACAAAUGGAAAGGACUUCAUUGACACUACAGGGGAGGAUAGCCCUACCACAUUGACUGGAAAAGUAAACCAGCUGGAAGUGAUCCUCCGACAGUUGCAAACUGAUCUUCGGAAGGAAAAACAAGACAAAGCUGUUCUCCAAGCUGAAGUCCAACAUUUGAGACAAGAUAACAUGAGACUUCAGGAAGAAUCUCAAACAGCAGCUGCUCAGCUAAGAAAAUUUACAGAAUGGUUUUUCAAUACAAUAGACAAGAAAUCCUAAUAUCAAAGUCCUUGUAAAAGCACAGUUGAAGCCACAUAACACCAGUAACUUUUGAAGUAGCAUAAUAUAAUUUCACUGUGUCCACAAUCCAUUUUACAUUUUCUGCUGUAAUCUCUGCCCAGCCCCAGGCUACUGACAGUAAGAAAUUAUCUUCAUAUUCAUCUGAAGAAAACAGAGAAUGAAUAGCAGACAUUUGUUUUUGUGAAGAUGAAUGUACAGUUCCUGGUGUCAUUUUAGACAUUUUAGAGUAUACUUCUGACUUGGGAUUGCCUGAAGAAGAAUAAAUUGGGGUUUAUCUUCGGUGCUUCAGCUGCUCCAGUGAAGAUGUAAAGCAAUUUAUGGUAGCUUGGGUUUCAGUAUUGUAAGAUAAAUAAUAAUAAUAAACUAGACAUAUACUUUCAUGUUUAAAGGUGCUCUAUUUUUUUGUAUGUACAGUAGAUAUUUCCACAGUCACAUUGUCAUAGCAAUAAGAAUGGAAGUAGAAUUGAAUAGUCACAAAACUGUGUUUAUAAAAAUUAGCACUGAGGUGUUUAACACUAGUUUGGAUGCAGAUAUAUUAGGGAUUAUUUAUUUGCAGAAAAAAUGGUGCCUGAAUUUAAGCAGUGUUCUGAUUUUUCUAAAAAAUAAUAAUACACAUGCCUUGUAAAUGGCUCACUUGAAUCAGUUCACUCCAAUGUCAGUUCCUUUUGUAUAGUUCAUGUUCAGCUAAGAUUGUUCUAGAGAAACUAACUAUUGAAACCAUAUGUGGUGCAAGCCAGCCAAUCAUUUGUAUAAUGCCAGAUUUGUUUAUCUUUGUACAGAAGCUUUGAGCGAGUGACUUCUAUUUAACACCUUUAUUUAAGCUUAUUUAACCUGUUAAUUUUAUAAAGCUUUUGUUUUAUCUGCACUAUGGUGAGGACAGUUGAUUGCAAGCUACAAUGUGUGUUUAGCUUGCCAAAAUGGCACUGCAGAGUUCUAGAAAAUUCUACUAUUGGAUGCUGCUAAUACACAAUUUGUGUAAGUAUACUUUAACAUUUUUAACUGUUUCAUUUGAAAUGAACAUACAUUUUGCUUUUUUAAUAAAUGUUAAAAAUGUGAA